AUGCCAUGCGAUUCAUUCAGCGAUGCUAUCCUAAGCGCCGAGAACAUUCGAAUGGAAUAUGAUGAGAACUUCACCCUUGACGGAUUGGAUCACAGCGGGUUUGACGACAACCAUAUCAAUGAAAAUAUUUCUACACCCUGGACGUGGAGCACGACGACGCCAUGUAGCUACAAUAGCGAGGCAAGCUCGAAGACCAGUGGUAACACCGCUCAUGAGUCUGCGAUGACGGGAAGUGAAUCGUCCUCUAGUAUAGUCGCUCGCAGUGCUACGGCAUUAUUCCCCUUGUCAUCAAGUAUGGACCAAUCGUUGGAGGCACAACUGCUCGGCGGCUACACACUCACUGAAGGCCCAAUCGAUUCGGGUCCCUUAGACAUGCAGCUCCUAGACACAACUAUGACAUGGGCAACGUACUCCGGCUCAUUCAUGGACACCACAUGUGAUCCGCUGGCACUCACGUCUCCGGAGAACGAACCAGAACUAGGAGACAGCAGCUGCCACUGUCUCCUGUACUCGAUUACCUUUCUAGAAUGCCUGGCUUCGGACUCCGUGUCGCGCGAGAAUCGCAUGGACACACUACUCGCUGAGUUUCGUGAAGCUAUGGAGAAGUUGUAUGUAUUUUUGGCGUGCAAAUGCUGCGCGACAAGCUUGGAGCAAAACAUGUUGCUUGCUAAGGCGAUUCGGCAAAUUAGCCUUAUCUGUGCGAAAAUAGCCAACUCUUUCAAGGCCCUAUACCUACACCAUAAGAAAGACAAGAAAAACAACACAAACUCGUCCUUCCAACAAGAGAGCGGUCUGGACAGCUCGCCUGCUGCCUUUUGUUCUGUUAACAUUCUCGUGUCGUCAUACCGUGUCAACAGUCGAGAAAUGCUGUUUUUGCUGGACAGUCUGGUCACGCUUCACGUCAGUGAGUUCCAGGAGCAUAUCGACAAACUAAAGGAGCGAUCGCGCAAUCAUUUGCAUCAGGACCUAGCUAGAGCGUUAAAAGAAGCAGAAGCGUAUCUUGAGCAAGCAAAAGAAACGAUGAGAAUUUGCAUGGCAUUGGGGUAG